GCUGUUGCCUCGGGCAUCAACCGGCCACAGGCCGGACAAAAAGAAAGGGAUCCAAACCACUAUCGUCAUCGAGGUCGAGCCUAGUGCUAGACCCUCGCUCCCCGUCCGUCGCUCUUCGCGCCUUCGUUCGGUCAAGGACAUCGUCUCAGCAAUGCCGUCGUACCUCGGCGGCAGUAGGAAGUCGAGGUCCUACUCGUUUCCGCCAUGCGUUGACAGCAUCGACUUUGGCGAUCGCUCCCAGGCUGACUUGCCGGACAUCGAUGAGGAACCCUUCGCUCACUUCCUUACCCCUGUCGCAGAAGAAGACGACCCUUAUGAUCCACUGUCGUUGAGCGCAGGCAUCACCGUUCAUGACACCCCCCGAACGUCGAAAGCAUCCAAGUUCAAGUCCACGGUCGCAGACAAAUGGGCUCGCUACGUCAAGACCAACCACGCUCAGCUACACAGCCACUAUCACACUCCCAGGCCAGACAACGAUGACGAGUCCUUCAUGCAGCUCGAGGACGACCGCUUGAACGAUACUCCACACAUGGUAACGCAGCUCACCUCGCCUACACCAAGGAUCACUGUUACAGACACCAAUGAGCCCAGCCGAGGUCGAGCACAAGAACUUCUAUCACGUAAGGCGCGCAGCCGCCGCCGAUACGCGCGAACCCUCUCCGGCCAUCGUCAUUCAUGGAGGGAGCCCAGCCCGGAUCUCUUCACCGUCGACGAAUCCGAGGAAGACGACAUGCCUUCACUGAGGCGUACAAAGUCGAAGAAGACCAAGGAUGGCGUGGAGCGCCGGAGGUCGUCGAGAUCGCGGUCGAACGCGAGGGGCGAGGUCGCCGAGAGGUCAAGAUUGUAAAGAGCAAAGGGCGCACACGCUUGGGGACAUCCAGAUUGUCACACCGGUCACACAAGCUUGGGAGCAUUAGAAGAGUGUCGCAAGAGCAUUGGGGCCUUUGCAUUGGGCGGCGUUGAGGC